UCGCGGUCACUCGCGGACCUUAUUCCGCGUCGCUGUGCCCUUCUUCCCGGCAUUCCUGCUUCCGCUUUCUCACGGCUCUUCGGCUUUUCCACCUCUGAGACGUUUCGCGCCCAGGGGCUCGGUGACGUCAUCUCUCUGCGCUGCGCGGACACCCGCCGGUGGAAGAAGGAAAAGCUCCGCCGCCCUUCGCCUCUUUUGUUGGGCUGCCGCUGCUCCGGAAUCAUGGCGCCGUCGCUAUGGAAGGGGCUGGUGGGCGUCGGCCUCUUCGCCCUAGCCCACGCGGCCUUUUCCGCGGCUCAGCAUCGUUCUUAUAUGCGAUUAACAGAAAAGGAAGAUGAAUCACUGCCAAUAGAUAUAGUUCUUCAGACACUUCUGGCCUUUGCGGUGACCUGUUAUGGUAUAGUUCAUAUUGCAGGGGAGUUUAAAGACAUGGAUGCCACUUCAGAACUAAAAAAUAAACUCUCUCUCUAUGGAUGUAUCUCGCUGGGAAAGAAGAAAGGAUACUCUACUAUCACCACCCACUGUAGUUCUUACGAAGAGUCUACCAAGAAUCUCAGGCAAAGGGCCAGGAAAGAAGUAAAACAGAAUGGCAUUAAGACAUUUGACACAUUAAGGAAUCACCCAUCAUUUUAUGUUUUUAAUCAUCGUGGUCGAGUGCUAUUCCGGCCUUCAGAUACAACAAACUCCUCAAAUCAAGAUGCGUUAUCCUCUAAUACAUCAUUGAAGCUACGAAAACUUGAAUCACUGCGUCGUUAAGAUUUUUACAAAUUAUAAUAACAGGACAGGACACAGAGUUGGAAUAUUGGAGUUUGGGGUAUAAAACACUCCCCCCAUCAUCAGUAUUUAUAUUAUAUUGAUUUUUUUCAGACAUAACUAAAAAGAGUUCUAUGGCCCUUGUUUGUACACUGUUAUCAAAUCAUUAAUGGAGUAUAACUUAUCUGUGAAAUGAGUUAUUGAUCUUUCAUAGAAUUUUUUCCAUUUAAAAGAAAUUCAUAUCUUUUGUAAAAGUCCCUGUUUUGAACACAUUUCUUUGAAAAGUGUUGAUGAAUUUGUAACUAUUUAUUUUCUUAGAUUUCUUUUCUUUUGCACUUGAGUUUUUGGGAUCCUUUUGGCAAUAAUGUGACUACUGCAUUUUGCAGCAUGAAUGAUAGUAAACAGGUCUUGGGUACUUAACUGCAAAUGGACUUCUCUCAAGAGACCAAAACAGUGAUUUGUCCGUUUUUCUGAUGCCCCGCCCCCCCCCAACAGUGGCUCUGCCUCAGCAGAUACAUGCCAGUUUUUAAUUUCUCACGACUUCUCAGCCCACCCCACUCCCAUAUACCUCCCCACGUCAGCUGUCUUGUGCCGUCACUUCUCUGGGGCUCUGUGUGCAGUGAGCAAUUCUUGUGUCCGAAAUCCUUUGUCUUAAAUAGGUUUAACAAAUUCAACUUGCCGUAAACCUACUUGUGUUCCCUUCAUUUAUCUGUCAGAAAUUUCCCUAACUGAUUAUGUAGCUUAAGGAUAGUUGCAGAUAGACCAAAAAGACCAUUCAUAAUGUCAUCGAUUAUCCUGCCUGUGUAGAAGAGUAGCAAUCAUGGAAGAAAGCUGAUGACUUGUCAUUAGCCAGUUUAACUUAUUCAGAGACGCUGUUAUUUUAUUGCAUACUAAACUAGCAAAUCAGUAAAACCUAGAGGAAAAGUCUCGUCAUUCUUACCCAACCGAGGUAGACUUAAAGUCCUCGGGACAAAUAUAUUUUAAAUAUUCGGAACUAAUAUUCUUUAAUUAAAAACAAGGUCAUUUAAGAAAUUGUUUUAUAGCUUUGGAUUUGUAGCAGGCUUAGAGGUUUCCAUCUUCAUGGUAUGCUGCUGAGGGUGAGGAUGAGGGUACAGAGAAGACUUUUUUUUUUUUAUAGUACUUUUAAGUCUAGGGAAAUUUGGCUAGCUCUUUGAUCUUCAGGGAGCAUAACACUUUUUUAUGGAGAAGGUGGCGUUUGUUGAACUGUACCGGUAUGAAAGCAUUGAUUUGUUGAAUUGUAUAGGUGCAAAGGGAAUCACUGCAGAUUUGGAAAGGAAAUAUGCUUUAGGCAAGAGUCAUUAAGAUGCCUUUAUGCCUGAUGGCGUCUUUCCCAUUAGAAAUGAACUUCGGCUCUUCUAUUCUGCCUGGUAACACAAGGCCCAAAGCACGAGAUUGUUUUGUCAUUGAGUUUUUUAUCGUUGUUUAGUUUUGUUUUGCCCAGCCAGUCUGUCUGUGGAACCCUGACUCUGCUCUCUAAGGCGAGCAAAAUUAGAAAUCUGCUGAUAGCCUAGAAUAAUUUGGAAAUGAAUUAACAGUGGAAUUCAGGGGUUAACGCGGCAAUAAUUUAAUCAAAAUAGUGUCGUAGGAGAAGUCAGCUCCUUAUAUCAGGCUUGUCUACCAUUUCCUCAGGUAUGACUUGAUUUGCAAGAACCUCUUCUCUUUGGGGGCUGUCUUCCUUUUUUAAUAUUCACAUAUCUUCAAUUCUGCCACUUACAGGGUACAGCUCAGUGGUUUUGUAACAGUCACAAAGUUAUACGACCACUACCACAGUGAAUUUUAGAACAUUUCUAUCACCCGCUAACUGCUUUGGCAGGCACCUCUCCUUCCCCGCCCCACCCCACCUCCCAGUGCCUCCCAGCCCCCGACAACCACUAAUCUGUUUUCUGCCUCUAGAUUUGCCUAUUCUGGUCAUUUAAUAUGAGUGGCUUCAUAAAAUGUCUGGCCUUUAGUGACUGGCUUCCCGAGUAUAGUUUUGUUGUACGUGCAGUGAGCGCUUGUCCUCCCAAGAACUGGGAUUUCCGUGGAAGGAAGCGGUCGGUAAACUCAGUGGAUGUGACUAGGGAGGUCCAGAUGCUUAACCAUGUUUUUUUUAAGUCAGUUUUAGGCUAAAUAGUUUUUCCUCGUAAUCAAUCACUCAUGAUAUACUGCCAUUUACAAGAUUUUGGCUAGUCUCUAAAUGGAUAUUGAAAUCUUUGCCUGCCCAGUCAGGAAAGUCCUGGUAAAAAUCAUGCGAAGUUAUUUGGCAGACAAUUGACACAGUUUUCAGGUGCGUCUAACUUUGUUAGCAGGUGUGUAUACCUCAAGCCAGAUGAGCUUCCCAAAUUUCUUCUUCACUUUCCUCCAAUGAAUUUCUGUUUUCUUUUUCAAGUCCGUACCAUAGGACUAAAGAUGAUUUGGAUGCAUCGUAACAGUGCUAAACGGAUUAAAGCCAGAAUUUUAUUGAUAAUACUUUGAGACCGUCCAUGACUACCUAGGGUAGUCCAAAAAUGAAGCGAUGUAAGCUAGUCACGCCUGCAGGGGACUGCCAUCUUAGGGACAUUCAGAAACGCGCACUCAAUAUUGAAGGCUCUAUAGGAUAUAGCAAGACCCUCUUAAUAACCAGGGAACCGGCCAAGUGCUAUGGGCCAAUGUCCCAGCCACAGAAAAUGCAGAUCGGCGGACUGGAGACCAUGACGCUUUGUCACUCCCCAAUGACUGUUUCCUGAGCACUGUGGCUUCAUUUUGAGUGGCAUAUGAUAGCAUCUUCCCGGUUGUAUGUGGCCUGUUUCCAUGAUGUAUUGAGUAGUGUUGUUUGUUGUUGAACAUCAAUGCCUGUAACACCAAGCUAAACACCUCCUUUUUGGAUAUGUUUCCUCUCUUUAAAUGACCUUGCCCUGUCCAAUAAAUAAAUGAUUGUCUCACCCUG